AUGUCGGAACCAAAGACCGCCGAUGCCCAAUUUGCCAUUGGGGUUGAUAACCAUCUCUCCAUUGAUCAAGAGGGUGCCAUGGUUCACUCAGAUGCAAAGAAUGAAGCCGUGAUGGAGGCGGUAGACCAUUACUAUGAGGGAAAACCAACCGACGAGGAACUCUCCACACUUCGCCGCGUCGCUGGUGGCAUCCCAAUGACCGCCUACGUUUUGUGCUUCGUUGAGUUCUGCGAACGAGGAUCUUACUACAGUGCAACUGGUGUCAUUUCUAAUUUUGUCAAUCGAAAACUUCCAGUUGGCGGAAAUGGGUAUGGCGCGCCGGCCCGUGGAACCCAGCAAACCGCUGGGGCUCUGGGGUUGGGCACGGUAAAGGCCACUGCUGUAUCCCAAUCAUUUAAGAUGCUGGUGUAUUGUCUGCCCGUCAUCUUCGGAUAUCUUGCCGAUACUUACACCGGACGUUACAAAAUGAUUUGCUGGGGUGUCGCCGUUUGCGGUCUUGCUCACGUCCUCAUGAUCGCUGCUGGGGCUCCUGGACUCUUAGCGAAUGGCACAGCAGCUGCCCCAUACAUGAUUUCACUUUACGUUCUUGCCAUCGGUGCAGCCAUGUUCAAGCCCAAUGUGUCACCCACCCUUCUUGAUCAGAUCAAAGAGACGAAGCCCACCGUCGAGACUCUUGACGAUGGAGAGAAGGUCAUUGUUGAUCCAGAAGCAACUACUGAGCGUGUUGUCUUGUGGUUCUAUCUGCUGAUCAAUGUUGGUGGCUUCCUCGCGGUCCCGUCCACCUAUCUCGAGAAAUACGUUGGCUGGAUGGUUACUUUCACUCUGCCUUUAGCUAUCUACCUUCCGCUUCCUCUCGUGCUCUGGUGGUUGCACAAGAGACUUACCCUUUACCCACCAGGAGGAAGCGAUCUGUACAACUGCUUCAAAGUCCUCGGCAUUUGCCUGAAGAGGGGGUUCUUCAAGAUCGGUCGGCACGGAUUCUGGGAAUCUGCCAAGCCAAGUGUUAUCGCUGCAAGUGGCGGCAACAUGCAAGUACCGUGGAACGACCAAUUCGUCGAAGAUGUCAGGAGAACGUUCCAAGCUACCGGCAUGUUCUGCUUCUUCCCGAUCCAGUAUAUCAACGACAACGGCCUUGGUAUUGCCACUGAUGCUCUUUCGACAAUGUUCAUUACGAAUGGUGUUCCCAACGAUCUCCUGUACAACUUCAACUCGCUCUCAAUCAUCGUCAUGGCCCCUGUUCUCAACUAUGGUCUAUACCCACUCCUCCGUAAGUAUCACAUCAAAUUCGGCCCGGUCGCACGUAUCACAUUCGGUCUGUUCCUCUCAGCCUGCGGUGGUAUCGGCUACACAGUCCUCAACUACUACGCCUACAAGCUCGGCCCCUGUGGCGACCACGGCUCCAGCGCCUCUUGUGUUGAUUCUGAAGGCGUCUCACUCGUCGCCCCAAUCUCUAUUUGGUGGCUCGCACUCCCCUUCUCCAUCGGCGGCAUCUCCGAGCUCUUCGUCAACGUACCCGCCUACGGAAUCGCCUACUCGCGGGCUCCCAAGAACAUGCGUGGUCUCGUCACAGCCCUCAACCUCUUCAACACCGGCAUCGCCUACGCCCUUGGCCUCGCAUUCGCUGGUCUCGUCACGGACCCUUAUCUUACCUGGGUCUUUGGCGGCCCUACUAUCGUUGGAUUCGUGAUGUCCGGGCUGUUCUGGUAUCUGUUUAAGCAUAUCGAUGAGGAGGAGUACCUGUUGAGCACGAAUGAUGAUUACCACCUUGAGCACCAAACGAGCACUAGCUCUAUUGCUCCUGAGCCGUAUAAUGAGAAAUCUCUCAUUGACAAUGAGACAAAGGUCUGAGUUAUAUACCCGUUGUAAAUAAGAGGGGGCUGUAGGCUAGAGAGGAGGAUCUUUGUUACAGAUUCUAAAUAGGGUUUGAAGGAUAAUGAUUCAAUUGAAAGCAAAGGGACCAUAUGAAGGGGACUGAUUUCAC